AUGGCAUCCCAAAAAGCCUGGGCUGUGGUUGCCGGUGUUGGGCCUGGCACAGGUGCCUCCGUCGCUCGUCGGUUCGCAAAGAACUAUGCCGUCGCCCUUCUCGCUCGAAAACCAGCCAACUUCGAACCUAUCGUCAAUGAGAUUAAUGCCGCUGGCGGCAAGGCGAUCGGCAUCAGUACCGAUACCUCUGACGGCAAGAGUGUCAAGGCUGCUUUUGAGCAGCUGCAGAAAGAGAUGGGCGGUGCGUCGCUCGCAGCCGCAAUCUACAAUGUGGGAGGCAGGUUUGUGAGGAAGCCGUUUCUUGAACUGACGGACGAAGAGUUUGAGAGUGGAUGGGAAGCCAAUGGGCGAGGAGCGUUCCACUUCUCACAAGCUGUCCUCCCACUCCUCCUCAAGAACACAAACGCAGAAUACCCACCGACCCUUAUCUUUACAUCUGCCACGGCAGCCAUGAAAGGCUCCGCUUUGUGCGCGUCCUUCGCGGCCGGGAAAUUCGCAAUGAGGGCCGUGGCACAAUCGCUGGCUAGAGAGUUUGGACCCAAGGGUGUCCAUGUGGUUCAUGCCAUCAUUGAUGGUGUGAUUGAUAUUGAGCGCACAAAGGAGUACAAGUUUGACCAUCCGGAGGCAAAGAUCAAGCCAGAGGCCAUCGCCGACUCGUAUUGGUACCUGCAUACUCAGCCCAGGACGUGCUUCACCAACGAAAUCGACAUUAGGCCUGCGGUCGAGAAAUGGUGA